ACGCAGCUGCAGCGACUCUUUCGCUUCCUCUAACAAGAGCUCGAUCAGCGGGUGGAGAGCUUUAUACAGUCUAUGGAGGAGAGGUGAUGAAGUAAACGGAAAGUAACCCAGCAGGAGAACUGGGCUUGUUGAAACUCUUAUUUUCUGUUUACAUUCACUUAUUUAUUUUAAAGUGAUCUGUUCACGGCUCUCUGGCGUGGAGGAGACACUAUGAGCUGACUUUCAAGCCGUAAACAUGGGUCAGAUAAAGGAAGCCAGGGCGUCGUGCUUGAGCGUCCUGACCUAUCACAGAGAGCUGCUGGUGAGCCGGCUGAGGAGCAUCCAGUGCGUCCUAGACAACCUGUUGGCCUCCGGCUUUGUCUGCGAGGAGGACGUGGAGAUCGUGCAGCGAACCGCCACCAAGCCGGAGCAGGUGCGUAAAAUCUUGGAGCUUGUCCAGUGCAAAGGAGAGGAGGCGUGUGAGUUCUUUAUUUACAUCUUGUAUAAAGUCCCUGAUGCUUACAUCGACCUCCAGCGGUGGCUGCAAGAGAUCUGCUACAACCCGAGCCAUGACGUGGAGCUGCUGAAAGUAGCCAACACAGAUCCCAUCAGCAGGUACUGCGAGAAGCUGAGGCACGAGAUGAGCCGGGACACCAGCUUCAUCAUGUCGUACGGGCAGAAAGAGGAGACCCACCUGGAGGAUCUGUACACGGACACGCAGAUGGAACUACUGAACGACUCCAAUGAACGUCUGGGCUUCUUGGAGAGUCUUGACCAGCUCCUAGGGGAAGAGGCAGUCUUCAACCCCCAAGGUGAGACAGUCUAUGUGACGGGGGACGCCGGUGUGGGAAAAUCCAUCCUCCUGCAGAAGCUCCAGAACCUCUGGUCCAAAAAGGAGCUCCACACGGAUGCUAUCUUCUUCUUCAAGUUCCGCUGCAGGAUGUUCAGCAGCUUUAGGGAUGCAGAGCAGAUCUCCCUCAGAGACCUUCUGUUCAAACACAACUGCUACCCAGACCACGAUCCAGACUGUGAGGUGUUUGAUUACAUCCUGCGCUUCCCAGAGAAGGUUAUCUUCACAUUUGACGGCUACGAUGAGAUCCAGGAGAAUCUGGAUCUGAUCAACGUGCCUGAAGUGGUUUCACCAGAAGACAAGGCUCCCCCUCUGCAGCUGCUCAUCAGCCUGCUCUGUGGGAAACUCCUGAAGGGCUCCCAGAAAGUCCUGACUGCCCGGACAGGGAUCGAGAUCCAGAGCAAGGUGAUCAGAAAGAAAGUGGCUCUGCUGGGGUUCUCCCCUGCUCACCUGAAGGCCUACAUCGAUCUGCACUUUAAGGAGCGGGAGCACAGAGACCUGGUGACGGUUCAGCUGGAUGCGAGUCCGCACCUCUGCGGCCUCUGCUCGACGCCGCUCUUCUGCUGGAUCGUAUUCAAGAGCUUCAGGCACCUGCACAGCAUGCACGAUAGUUUCCAGCUCCCUGACACCUGCAUCACGCUCACUGAUAUCUUCCUCAUGCUGUGUGAGGUCUUCCUCAGCCGCUCCGCCUGCCCUGCACCGUCUCUGCUGAAGAAGAGCACUCGCUGCGUCUCAGAGACUCUGAAACGAGGGCUCGGAGUGCUCACUGCUUUUUCUAAACUUGCUCUUCAGGGGAUGGAGAAAGGGAGCUUCCUCUGCAGUCAGGAGGAGAUCUCUGCUUGCGGCCUGACGGAGGAGGACCUCCCGCUCGGCUUCCUCAGACCUGUUGGUGAGUACGACGGCGGUCAAGGCCCUGCCACGUUUGAGUUCCUCCACAUCACCCUCCAGUCCUUCUUGGCUGCGUUAGCUCUGGUGUUGGAUGAGCAGGCUCCUCCCAGCUCCAUCCUCAAAUUCUUCACAGAGUGCAGCAGGAGGAGAGAAACCUCCUGCCUGUUCUUUGACUUCUGUAUCAGAGACUCCUCAAAGCACGGUGAGAAGAAGCCGUUUACAACUGAUAACCACCUUCAGUUCACUAAUCUGUUCCUGUGUGGGCUCCUCUCGAAGGCUCACGCCGGUCUCAUGGGGCAUCUGGUGUCUCCUGUGCUGUUAAAGAAGAAGCGAGCCUUACUCAAGUCCUACCUGUCCACCAGCAUAAAGUCCCACCUCCGCGGUCUGUCCCACUAUGACAGCGACGACGGCAAGAAAGUCCACGUUUUACCGAACUUCCUGUGGAUACUGAGAUGCAUCUUUGAGACGGGGAGCAAAUACAUCGCUCAGAUGACAGCUAAAGGCAUCACAGCCAGCCUCAUCAAGCUGGGCUACUGCAACGUCUUCUCAGGGGACUGCACCGCCAUCAACUUUGUGCUGCAGCACAGACGGAAGCUCCUUGGGCUUGACAUGGACAACAACAACAUCAGGGACUACGGCGUGAAGCAGCUGAGGCCGUCCUUUUCUAAGAUGACCGUGAUAAGGUUCAGCGUCAAUCACCUGACUGACAGCAGUAUGGAGGUUCUUGCAGAGGAGCUGUGCAAGCACAAAGUUGUCAAGGUGUUGGGACUUUACAACAAUCACAUCACAGAUGUUGGAGCAAAGCUGGUCGCUCAGAUCGUUGAGGAGUGUCCAAAGCUGCGGAUGCUCAAGAUCGGCAAAAACAAAUUAACAGCAGUUGGUGGAAGGUGUUUGGCCGCAGCAAUUCAGAAGAGCACUUCUAUACAUGAAGUGGGGAUGUGGGGAAACAGCAUCGGGGACGAGGGGGCAGAAGCGUUCGCAGAAGCUUUGAGGCAACACCCAAGCCUCGUCAACCUCAGCCUCUCAGCCAACGGCAUCACAUCUGUCGGAGGGAGGAAGCUCGCAGACGCACUGAGAGAGAACUCGGUCCUCAGUAUAUUCUGGUUAGUUCAGAAUGAGUUGACGGAUGAUGCAGCUGCACACUUGUCCGAGCUGAUCCAGGCAAACACAGGUCUAAGCCACCUCUGGUUAAUCAACAACCAGCUCACUGUGGAUGGAAUUAAACAGCUCUCUGAGGCUCUGACUCACAACACAGCACUCAAAGAGAUAUGCGUGAAAGGAAACCGGCUCUCUGCAGAGGAGGAGACGCAGUUUGAGGCAGAGAAGCGGCUGCGCUUUCACUGAGCGUUCAUAACAGGAGAGGUGUUGUGGGCUUGCUGCAGGUUUAUUCAUCACACUGUUUUUCUUUGUGCAUGAAACUAUCUCUGCUCUCGUGGCUUUGUGCGACAUUUUAAAGUGUACGCUUACCUGAUAUGUUGACUGAUGUGAGACUGUUUAACAAAACUGUUGUAAGAAAAGGAAGUGGCAUAAAGGAAGAGGACAAACUUCCCUCUUUGCAAAGCUCAGUAUCGCCUCGGGCACAUUUUUUGUUUUUUAUCAUAUUUAAUGUUUGGCUGUUACUCAGGGUGCUGUUAGCUUAGCUGUGGGUAAACAGUUUUAAUGUUUUAAUGUGUAAUUUAUGAGUGAAAGAAGAAUGCAUCAUGAUAACGUAAAGUGUGUUAAAGUUUCCUCAGAUUCAAAGUCUCUGAGGCUCUUGGAAAAGGUUCUUGUUCAUGUUGCUGUACAUACUUUUUUACAAUGUUCAAUAAUGAUACUCAUUGUUUCAUCGUC